AUGGGCAACAUUUUCGAGCGUCCUGCUGCCCCCGAAGAUGAAUUUCCGCGGCUCUUCCAUCAACUACGCCUCGAAGAUCACGAGACUCAAACGCUAGCCAACGCACUUCGAGAACAAAACCGUCGGCGGAGGCGCCCGGAGCAUCGCGUCAGACCGCCUUGUAGAUUCUACACCCAGGGUUUCUGUAUUCACGGUGAAAACUGUCGCUUUGCUCAUGAUGGACCAGUAGCCCGGACCCGACGACCAGACCGUCGUCAGAGAGAACCUUGCAGGUACUACGCUCAGGGCAGAUGCACUCUCGGCGAGGCCUGUCGCUUUUCUCAUGAAGGGCCUGGUCCUGUUCGGGAACCAUGUCGCUUCUUCGCCAAAGGAUUCUGUAAGAGAGGAGCUACCUGCAGGUAUGCUCACGAUCAGCCCAAUACCGAGUGGAUGGAGGAGCCCAAGCAUACCGAACAGUGGACUCGUGAGAUAGGAGGUGCUUGGGUCGAAUUUGGAGAUGGAGCGGCUGUCACCAACGUCACUCUUCUCUCAGACUUUUCCGCUAUUCAAAUGCGCCAUCUGCCCCCGGGAUCGUCGGCGCGAUCGGUGCAAGAACUGUUGGCGGAUGUAGGCAUUAGCGUAUCCAUAAGCGACAUCAAUUUCAUCAAGCUGGUGAAGAAUCGAAAUGGGAUGGCCAUUGUCAGAGUCAAAGACCCAGAGUUUGCAAAGUCCGCCUGCUGGAAACUUCGCACCUGUAUUCAAGCACCUGACUUGGAAGUCACCCACAUCCCCGUUCCUUUACCAGAUGGAUCAUCGUUUGGUCUUGUCGACAGCAGAAAUGUCCGCUGCUCAUGGCACAGACCGACAAGAAACGCCACUCUUUCGUUCAGGAACCCAGCAGAAGCAUUCGAGUCGUACUACAAGCUCAAAAACCAGCAACUCAAAAUCGCUGGCUUGCCAGUCACAGCUAAAAUUCCCGCCGCAGCGGAUGCUACAGAAAAGGAUGGGCCGUGGCACAUGGAGUUGGAAGGUUUGGUGGCUACUAUCCCUCCGGAGGAUAUCAUCAACACCUUUCCUUCAUCUGGAGCACCCUAUGAAGUUGAGAUGGGUGAUCCAAGUUACGAGACAGACUCGGAUAUUGACUCGACUAUCAUAAAAUCCUUGCUCUACGAUGUAGGAGCCUUGGAACAAUGGGAAGUGUUUGGGAGUCCCACAACGAGAAGGGUCAAGGCACAAGCGCGGUUCAUCGAGGAAUCCGAAGCCCUAGAUGCCGUCGCGCAGCUGAACGAGACUUGGCUGCCGUUCAACCCAUCAGGAAAACUCUACCUUCAGCACGUGCAUCUGGUCAAGUUUAGGCUUUCGAGUCGUGUUUAUGCCGUUGUUGACGACAGCAUCGAAUCGCUGCGAAAAGACUGGGAACGGCAAUUCGUUAAUUUUUCCUCGAUUCCUGAGAUUGGCUACUGGGUUCUGAAGCUCGAGAGCCAGGAUCGCGAACCCUUUACGCAAGCAAAAGAGGCCCUUGAAAAAUCACCAAUGGAACAACAAUGA